AGUUUCUUGAUGUUGCAAAUGAGUGGGAGAUAACGGACAAAGUCACUACUAUAGGGACUGACAGUGCUCCUAAUAUGACUGCUGCAGCAAGAAGUUUACCGUUCGAACAUAUUCCUUGUGUGGCGCACAUUAUACAAAGGGUUAUCGCCAUGGCUUUUCGGGACAGCGGAUUUGACAGCGUUUUAGCCAAGUGCCGUAAAAUAGUCGGACAUUUCAAGCAUAGUCCCGCGAACACUGCAGAGCUGAAAGCUCUUCAAGUCUCCCAUGGACUAGCAGAGGAGUCUCUUGUUCAGGAUGUACCGACGCGCUGGAAUUCAACUCUUGAAAUGAUAAGGCGACUUCAACACAAUAAAGAUCCAGUAAGUGCAGCACUGGCACAGCAGAAGCAUAAGUUAGCGAUGCUAACCUCAGCUGAUUACGACAGAUUGGCAAAGCUGGAAACAUUGCUGGAACCUUGCAGGUACAUCACUGAGCUCCUAGGAGGUGAAAAGUAUGUAUCCUGCUCUGUGGUGCUACCUGGGCUGUGCCAUCUCCUGCGUACAAUGGAGGUUUCUGAUGUUGACCCUGCCUACAUAGUGCGCUUCAAGGCUUCAUUCACAAAGGAUCUCAACAAGCGGAAGGAGAGCUCAAAUAUGUGGUGGUUAAAGAUAGCAACAGCUCUAGACCCCAGGUUCAAGCACCUUAGGUGCUUGCCCAAAUCAGAGAGGGGAGAGGUGUGGCAAAAGCUGAGUGUGAUGCUGAAGGAUGGAGAACCUGCUCCACAGAGCUCUGGAGCAGUAGAAGACCCAGAGCCACCAAAGAAGAAAAUGGCCCUCCUAAUGAUGGGAUCAGAGUCAGAGUCUGAUGAUGAGGCUGUGUCCACAGAUAAAUGUCUGGAAAGGUACAAGGGAGAGCCCUAUGCCAGCAUAGACACAUGUCCACUACAGUGGUGGUCAGCACACUCAGGGGCCCAUCCUAAGCUGGCCCAUAUGGCAAAAAGGUAUUUGGCUACACAUGCCUCAACAGUGCCAUGUGAGAGACUGUUCUCUUUGGCAGGCCACAUUGUGCAGAAGAAGAGGUCAGCUCUUUCAUCUGAAAAUGUUAAUAAGUUAGUCUGUCUGAGCAACUGGCUGAAAGAAGAGGAUGUUGUGUGAUUGGUUAGAAGGAGGAAUGUUGCACAGAUGCACACUCUAGAGACUGUUCAUUUUGUCUCUGUACAGACACUUAAUUUCUAAAAUAGACCUGAUUGUUAAGAUGUUAACUGGAGGAUCGGUCUCUUUGAAGUAGUUUUAUUAUACAUUUUUUUAUUUUGGAUGAAGAAUGUAGAGACUGUUUAUUUUGUAUUUUUGCAGACUUUCAUUUCUGAAGUAGUAUUAUAAUAGAAAUGUUAAUUGUUGAGAUAAUAAAACUGGAAGAUCUGUUUCCUUAAACUAGUAUGACAUGCAUUUCUUUAUUUCAACACAUUUACAGGGAAAUCUUUGUAUUUUAAAUUUGCGAUUAAUCGUGAUUAAUCACAGUCCGUCAGUGUGAUUAACUUGAUUAAAUUUUUUAAUCGAUUGACAGCACUAAUACAUAUACAUAUAUAUAUAUACACAUAUAUACAUAUAUAUAUA